AUGUGCGGUUACUAUGUGUCUGGUACACGCCUCUGCCCCCCCACUGAGUUUUUCAACCAGCCUCAACAGAAAGACAGAGACCGAAUACACAUGCCUUUCAUCCCAGACAUGGGCUUUUUGUCACCCGGGACCAGAACAGCCAUAAACAAGCGCUUUCUGAGGUCCUCUCGAGUUCCUAAGAGGAGACGUCUGGUGGCUCCCAAGGACGCGCAACGUGAGGCCGAACUGGCUCCUGCAGAUGGAAGGUCCAUCCUAGAAAGGCUGCCGUUGGAAGUACUUUUUGAAAUUUUCAAGUUCUCAGAGUGCUCAGAUCUAUACCAAUGCAACCGUUUUCUUUACUCUGUGCUCUCUCCUUCUAAUGAGCAUCUCGCGGUCAUGUGCGUUCGCUAUAGAUAUAGACGCAAGCUCCAUGCUGAGUGUGGUCUCAAGUAUGCGCUUGAUGCAGAUGUUUUGAGGAACAAAUACGUAACCAAACCUAUUUUGGAACUGAUCAGAUUUGAUUGUGUCAUGCUUGCCAGUGAUAUUGCAGUUUUUUCCUCGCCUCCUUCACCUGACUCUGCCUACGAUGAAACGGUGUGUCCGCGUGCCGUUGGAUGGUAUGCCAAUAAGGAUUUUCCUGCCACGGUCCAAUUCCCGUGUGAACUGCCUGCGAGUGGGCUUAGAGGGGAACUUCAGGAGCGCCUGAUUCUCUACAGCUUUAUUUUCAAUAAAAUGGCUCAGCGGGGAUUGAGAUUCGUGAACGUGAUGGCCACCAUAAUGUGGUACAUUGAGCAUCACCAAACUGGAGACGUGCGAUUCGUGGAACUCCUAGUCCGAAAUUCCUCCGAGCCUUUUGAUAAUAAUCCGGAGCCGCUGAUUUUAGCCCUUCGAAGGGGUCUCUUGGGAAUUGUCCGUUUCUUACUGUCGGAGUACUACAACAGUGCCGUUCUCUCCUCAAACGACGAGCUAUGGGCAGCAGUUGCGGAAUUGCAAGACCACGGCGCAUUCGAACUACUUGCUCGUUAUAAUGUGGAGCCGGAGCCACAGCAUUAUGCUAUGAUCGCGAAUCUUCACGCUGGGCGUGCAAUUGGAUGCGAGUACUGA